AGGACAGCAAUUAUGAGGAAUGCUACGAUCAUGUGAGCCAGGUACUGCUUAUGCUCAGCUUCCUUCUGGCUGAACAGAGUCCAGGGAAACUUACGUUAACACAGCUUGAUUCUUCUAGCCAUCGGCAGUGCCAGGAAGUCUUGUGAUAAAGUCUUAUACUAAGAUGCUCUUUUUAUCCAAGUAAAUCACUAUGAUCUUUUAGACAAAUGGGUGAAGGGAACAGGACUGAAUUUACAAUUCAUGCUGCUAAGAGAUCAACCUGAGAAAAUGUUCCAAAUCGUGACAAUGCUGUUGCUGGAAAUGCAGCUCUGUGUGGUUUCAGCUUUAUUCACAGUUGAAGUUCCUCAGCAGCUGUAUGUUGCAGAGUAUGGGAAUAAUGUGACCAUGGAAUGUAGAUUUCCUGUGAACGGCUCAUUGAACCCGGGACUCCUGAGUGUUGUCUGGGAGCAGAAGAGGCAAGGUCAUCUGGAAUCAAGAGAUGUGUACGCACUCCACAAUGGGAAAGCACACCUUUCAUCCCAACAUCGUGAUUACAUGGGAAGAGCAGCGCUAUUACACAGUGAAUUGAAAUCAGGACGAGCAAUCCUUCAAAUUACCAGUGUCAAGAUCACAGAUGCGGGAUCUUACCUUUGUCUCAUUGAGUACCAAGGUGCUGACUACAAGUACAUUACUUUGGAAGUAAAAGCAUCCUACAAGACAAUAAACACAGAGAAAAGGAAAUGGAAUGAAGAUAAGUUUGCUUUUGUAUGCCAAUCAGAAGGCUUUCCUCUGGCAGAGGUAUUCUGGCAAAAUGAAAAGAACCUCAAUCUCAGCGUGUCUGUGAAUACUACCUACACACUGACUGCAGAUGGCCUCUACAAUGUCUCCAGCAUCCUGACAACCAACCAAAACAUGAAUGAGAAUUACAGCUGCGUAUUCUGGAAUAAAGAACGGAAUGAAAAUACUUCAGCUUAUAUUUACUCUUUAGCUUUAAUGAGUACACAGUAUGGCAGACAAAAGCCCCUGAUCUUAUUUAUCGUCGCCACAUGUGUGAUAGUACUGAUCCUUCCCUCUGCAUUAAUAAUCCUUCAAAAGAGAAAAUCAUUCAAGAAUCGCUGUGCUAAAAAAGACAGGAAAGGAAAAUUCAGACCUACUGUGACAGAUAAGAACAGAGACCAAGAUAACUCUCAAACGGAGACUUUUUACUUGUCAACUAACACAUAUUCUGGAGACAGCAGGAAUGUGAGUCUGUGAAAAUUCAUCAUCUCACAUACAGCAAUCUGCACUUUUUUAUCUGUUUUAGAGGACUUCGGAGAAAAGCUACCACACCAGUUUCAGACAAACAGAUGAACUCAUGUGGACUUGUUGGCACUAGAGCAAUGGACAGCUGCACUUCUUCAGAUACAGUAUCUUGAAGUUACAAAGAAUUAUGCUGUCAUUCAGUGUGGUUUGCCACUGCGAGAAGGUUUUCUCCAGUUCUUUUGAUUCACUUUACUCUAGAAGUUACUGUGGCUUUAUGAAAUUUAGUUCAAAGAGCACUUUUAUUAACUGCUACAGUCUCGAGAAUGUUGCUUGGAUUCAAACAUCCCGAGGGAAUCUGAAUAAAAGCUGUAUAUGCUGCCCUAUGUCAUCUAAACAUCUUUCAUGUGGAGAGUGUUACAUGCUGGUAUCUCAUUUCCAAACUUUCCAACCUAUUAAACUGGAAAUUACCACAAGAACCCACCAGCAUUUCACUUAUGAGAGAUCAAAGUUGAAGUACAGCCAGAACCAAAACCAAAACCGACAAAAUAACAUAAACAAACAAACAAACAAAUAAAUAAACUACCACCACCACCAACAACAACAAAAACACCUUAAAUCAGUUCUAUAUCAGAGAAAAAAUAUUAAUGCACAGUCUCUGUAAAACUAUAGGUAAGCUGGAUGAAAAACUAUGAACUAUGAUGUUGGAGGGACAUCAAAAUAAGGAGUUUUUCAUUUGAGAUUAUUACUCAACAUAAUUUUUGGGAGAGGAAUUUAGAAGAAAAAGUGAGAAUGUUGUUUAUCUGAUUAUGUUUAGAUGGUAAUUUUAACAUUUUUCAGUGGAAGAGAUGAGUUUUUUAUAUUCCAGGCACACAACUGUUUUACUUCCCAUUAUAGUAAUGCCUAAAAAUGCUGCUUCUUGGGCACAGUUUCCACAGUGCCAAUUCUGAAAACCACACAGCAGGAAGCAAUGUUUUGUUUCUUAAAUAGCCAUCAAAUGGUGAAUCACAGACACUUAGAUUUGGCACAUUAUCUUCAAAGAGCACUGGCUCUGUUGAGUUGUCUUUUCUCCAAAGACAGACACAGAAUCACAGAAUCAGAGAACGACUUGGACUGGAAGUGACCUUAAACAUAAUCUAGUUCAAAUUCCUGCAAUAGGCCAGGUUGGCCCCCACUAGAUCAAGCUGCCCAGAGUCCCAACAGACACUGAAUACUCCAGGAAUGGGACACCCACAAUUUCUCUGGGCAGCUUAUCCUAGUGCUUCACCACUGUCUGAGUGAAAAAUUUUCCCCCAGUAUCUAAUCUACAUUUCCCCUGAACAUGGAGCUGCUGACCAUAACCUCUGUCUAUGACCACCUCACCAGUUAUUUAUCCACCAAACAGUCCACCCUUCAAAUCCAUAUCUCUCCAGUUUAGAGAUAGGUGUUUAAGAUGGGAAAUAUAACAAGACUAAAACAUCGCAUAUAACAUAUUACAUACUAUAUACUAGAUUAAAAUGAAGUGCUCAUGUGGAAACUAUUUCUGACAUUAUUGUAGUCUUUGAAGAGCACAGUCUGCUUCACCAAAAAAAACAUUAUAUCAGUAAAAUUAAGAUUUUUUUCAGGUACUUUGGAUAUAGACAGAAGCUGCUUCACCAGUGACACUUGCAGCUAUUCACACUAGCACAAAGCUGGCCUACUGCAGCAAAGGAUCCAAAGGACAGCAUUUAUUUCUCCUCCACGACAGUUGAUUUUAAAAAGGGAGGACUGAUGUUGAUUUUACUUGGAAAAGAGGAAAAAAGUACCUCCUUAUCAUCACCUUAACUUGGGUAUCUGGGGUACCUGUGUAUUGUACCUUUAAAUACUCAGUUGUAGCCAUUGGAUUCAGCUGAGCAGGAUCCACACAAGGUUUGCCACGUCCUUGCUGACAUGGGAAAUCGGAUAGAUGUCAGAGAAUCAGGCAGCUUCUCAAAGUAGUGCUUAGCUUGCAAUGUAUAGCAGUUUGGGGACUGCCCUAGCUUGCAGUAUUUAGCAACGGUUAAGGGUCAGUGCAUACAGUAAAGAGAUUUCUCCCCAUGACAGAUUCAUAUUCCACUGGGAAUCACAAGACCCUGCUGUUAGUCACUGUGAAAACUCUAGUCCCUGUAAGGACUUUAUUUUUGUGGGUUUUUUGUUGUUGUUGUUGGCUUUUUCUUUUUCUUUUUUUUUUUUUUUUCCAAUUCUUUUCUCAUAUUUGUAAAAUUGAAGUAAUUUAAACUAAAUUUAUGUGGAUGAACACAAAGCAUAUGCCACAGGCUUUGAAAUGUGAUUAUGGAUCAUUGUUCCUCACUGAAUGAGAGUCAUCCUGUUAUUAUGUUACUCUUCUGUGUAAAUUUUGCCUUGAUGUGGGUAGGGACUGUUGCAGGUGGGCAGCACUUUGUGCAUGUUUUAGAGGUAAAACAAACACUCCCUCAUUUUACUUUUGAUAGGAACAAAUCACUUACCCUCUGGCAUUCCUAGGCAGAGGCAGUACAGCUUUGUACUAGAAUUCUGUGUCCUAUCCACUCCAUUUCAUAUAAAAGAAGCAGUUUUACUACUUAUAAAACUAAAUUUACUACUUAUAAAACCCAUAAAAAUAUCCUAAAAUGCGUCCUGGUUUGCAUGUGUGUAUUUUUUUACCAGUUCUCAAUGGAUAUCUACAAACUACAGUAAAAAUAAAUCAGGAUGAUUCUCAUAGCUUAGUAAAUGGCAGCUAGCUUGUCAGCUGCCUGAUAUGUCUAUAUGUGUAUGCAAAUUCAUGCAUGAGUUGUUUUUUACUGAAAGCCACUGAGCAUAUGAUAUGUGUGUGAUAUGAUGAGUCUCUGUUCUUUCUACCUCAGCUACUGCUUUACAAGCUGUUAUCUGGAAAAAGCUGAAGUAAGAGUUUUUUGAUAAACUGCCCACAACGUA